AUGUUAACGAGGAAAUAUGGUCUAGCAGCUAAUAACGUUAUUGAUGCUGUAAUUGUUGAUGCUCAAGGAAGAAUUAUUGAUCGAAAUAUGAUGGGGGAGGAUCUUUUUUGGGCUAUUAGAGGAGGAGCAGCAGCGAGUUUCGGAGUUGUAGUCAAAUGGAAGAUCAAAUUAGUGCCAGUACCUCCAAUAGUCACGACAUUUGCAGUCACUAGGACACAUGAAGAUGGAGCUAACAGGGUACCGGAAACUGUGGAAGACUUGAUAGAUAGGAACCAUUAUCCAGGGGUUUAUUUUAAAGCAAAAUCAGAUUAUGUAACAUUGCCAAUUAAAGAAACUUCCCUUGAUGCAAUAUGGGAUGUGUUUAAAGAAGGAACACCAGGAAGUAUUCUUUUGCAGCCUUAUGGGGGAAUAUUCAAUGAAAUUCCAAGGAAUCAGACUCCUUUCCCUCACAGAGCUGGGACUCUGUACAAUGUACAUUAUUACGCAAUGUGGCAUGGAGAGAGAACUUAUAUCAUCAAAGAGAGAUUGGACUGGCUGCAUAGGAUCUAUGAUUUCAUGGGUGAUUUCGUCCAAAAACCAAGGACUGCAUACCAAAUUACAGGGAUUUAG